AUGCUUGCCACACUUCUACUGACACUCACAAGUGGGGAAGUAAUCUGAAGCUUGUUACCUUCUACAUUCCCUUACUUUCACUGUGUCUUUUCUCAACAAGUGGACCGUUUACAAAGCCAACAUGUGGGCUUCACGUCCACCCAGAGAGCAGGGGCGCCUCGCUCUCGGCGUUAACGGCUGCUGAUCAUGCUGGCCAAGGCACCACCUUCGACCAGCAAAUUGGAUUUGGUGAACGCCGAAAGUUCAGACGCCGAUCUUACUGACGGAAUCAAGAUGGCAGACCUGGUGGAGAACUUGGAUGCCCGAGAGCUGGAGGACACCGACGAUGGGGAGGAAGUGGACUACGACCUAAACUGCAUGGGGGAGUGCAUCCCUUUCUCGGCCGUGUAUAGCACGGUGGGUUUCAAGGAGGCCAACGCCAAGGUCUUCCUUCCUACGGUGCCCGUUACCGCCCGCAUCCUGGAGGUGGAGCGCUUCACUUCAGCGCAGGAUCGCUUCAAUAUGUCCCAGCACAGGAGCGUCAAUAAGAGCCUGCCCGCCGUGUUUAAGAUUGAGAUGAAGCACGGCGAGUUCACGUGGACGGUGAAGAGGAAAGAGAAGCACUUUAUGGAGCUGCACCGAGAGCUGAGGACUUACAAGACCUUCAUGAGGAUACCGCUACCAUCGCGCAGUCACACUGUUAAAAGGAGGACGGUAAGGAAGAGCGAGGUGAGGGAAAUGCCGUCAUUGCCCAGGGGCGGAGGUGACGAGCUGGUGCGGGACGAGCAGGUCUCCAGUCGGCGGAGACAAUUGGAGGACUAUUUGAACAAGCUGCUAAAGAUGGCCUUGUACCGCAAAUAUCACCACACUAUGGAGUUCAUUGACGUCAGCCAGCUGUCCUUCAUUCACGACCUGGGACCCAAAGGACUGGAAGGAAUGAUCUACAAGCGCUCCGGGGGCCAUCGUAUCCCCGGCAUGAACUGCUGUGGUCACACACAAGCAUGCUACCGCUGGUCCAAACGGUGGCUUGUAGUGAAGGACUCGUUCCUGCUGUACAUGAAGCCUGACUCGGGUGCAAUCUCCUUUGUGCUGCUGGUCGACAAAGAGUUUAGCAUCAAGAUGGACUCCAAAGACACCGAAACCAGGCACGGGGUCAGAAUUGACAGUCUUUCCAGGACUCUGGUGUUCAAAUGCAGCAGCUACAGACACGCCCGUUGGUGGGGUCAGAGCAUCGAGAGCUUUGUCAGGAAUCAUGGAAAAGCCUUCCUGCGAGAUCACCGCUUUGGCUCGUUUGCGCAGGAGCAGGAAAACAUUCCUGCCAAAUGGUACGUGAAUGGAAAAGCUUACAUGGAGGACUUGGCUGAUGCUUUGGAGGAGGCUAGAGAGGAAAUCUUCAUCACUGACUGGUGGCUGAGUCCAGAGAUCUUCCUUAAGAGACCUGUAGUAGAGGGAAACCGCUGGAGGCUGGACUGCAUCCUCAAAAGAAAAGCUCAACAAGGAGUGCGUAUAUUUGUGAUGCUGUAUAAGGAGGUGGAGCUGGCGUUGGGCAUUAACUCAGGCUACAGCAAGAGAACUCUAAUGCACUUGCACCCCAACAUCAAGGUGAUGCGCCAUCCAGACCACGUCUCCUCCUCCGUCUAUUUGUGGGCUCAUCACGAGAAGAUUGUCAUCAUUGACCAAUCGGUGGCUUUCGUGGGCGGAAUCGACCUGGCGUACGGUCGUUGGGACGACGGGCAGCACCGGCUGACGGAUGUCGGCAGUGUGACGCGUUCUGUGGCACCAGAACAGGCCACUUCUGUCAACGCUCAGUCCGGUAAGGCGACACCCCCUGUUGACGGCGUGUCACAAAGCAACGGACGGGGGACAUCCGCCGGAGACGCUGUUGACCUGCCCAAGCUGAAGGGUGUGGGCCGCACCCGCCGCUCUCGCUUCACCUUGUACCGGCACCUGCACAAACACACAUUGCAGCAUGCCGACAGCGUCAGCAGUGUGGAAAGCUCGGGAAGUGGCUCAGUGCGAAGCCUUAAAACGGGUGUGGGAGAGUUGCAGGGGAACACUCGCUUUUGGCAUGGUAAAGACUACUGCAACUUUGUCUACAAGGACUGGAUACAGCUGGAAAAACCUUUUGACGACUUCAUCGACAGGUACACCACCCCGAGAAUGCCGUGGCAUGACAUCGCCUCAGCAGUGCACGGCAGAGCUGCUCGUGACGUGGCGCGUCACUUCAUUCAGCGCUGGAACUUUACUAAGAUCAUGAAGCCAAAGUACCGCUCCCUGUCUUAUCCAUUCCUGCUGCCAAAGUCUCACUCCAGUGCCACUGAGCUCAAAUACCAAGUGACCGAUUGUGUGCAGGCCAAAGUACAGGUUUUGCGGUCAGCAGCUGAUUGGUCAGCCGGCAUAAAGUACCAUGAAGAGUCCAUCCACAACGCAUACAUUCAAGUCAUCGCCAAGAGCAAACACUACAUCUACAUUGAGAACCAGUUCUUCAUCAGCUGCGCUGACAACCGAACGGUGUACAACAAGAUCGGAGACGCCAUCAUCGAGAGGAUCCUCAGAGCGCAUAAGGAGGGCAAGAAGUAUCGAGUGUACGUGGUGACCCCCCUGCUUCCCGGCUUUGAGGGGGACAUCACCACAGGCGGGGGAAACGCCCUCCAGGCUGUCAUGCACUUCAAUUACAGAACAAUGAUCCGAGGGGACUACUCUAUCAUCUCCCAACUGAAGAAGGAGAUGGAUGACCAUUGGAUGAACUACAUCUCCUUCACUGGUCUGCGGACGCACGCCGAGCUGGAAGGCCGGCUGGUGACGGAGCUCAUCUACGUGCACAGCAAGAUGCUCAUCGCUGAUGACAACACCGUCAUCAUCGGCUCGGCCAACAUCAACGACAGGAGCAUGCUGGGGAAGCGUGACAGCGAGGUGGCGGUCAUCGUGGAGGACGUGGAGAAGGUGGCGUCAGUGAUGGACGGACAGGAAUACGAGGCUGGCCCCUAUGCACUGGGCCUACGUAUGGAGUGCUUUCGGACAAUCCUGGGUGGUCAUAGUGACGCCGCCAUCGAUCUGUCCGACCCGAUUAGUGACCGCUUCUACAAGGAGGUUUGGAUGACCACUGCCGGCCGGAACGCCACCAUUUACGAGAAGGUGUUCAGAUGCCUUCCCUCCUCGCUGGUGCGCAACAUGUCCGAACUGGAGCAUUACCAGUCUAAGCCCGGCCUGGCCCAGAGUGAUCUAGCCCGCGCCCAGGAGGAGCUGCGCAAGAUCCGCGGCUUCCUGGUGCAGUUUCCUCUGGACUUCCUGUCGGAGCACAACCUCAUGCCCUCGGUCGGGACCAAGGAAGCCAUGGUGCCCACAGAGAUAUGGACGUAGGCCUUUUAAAAGCCGAAUACUGCCACGCUAUCUGGAUGUCGCAGUGUUUCCAUGAUGGGACGCCACUUCCAGAGAAGCCAUAUUUCCACAAUGGGACCAGCUCUUAGUUUACUACUUACUUUAUGCUGAGAUGGAGUAGUUGUAAGAGAGCGUUAGGUAGCAUAUGUGCUGCUCGGAAACAAAUACUCCAUAUACGCCCAGGGUGGACACCGUUGCCUGAGAUCAUUUCUACAAUAUCUGGUUAAAACUCACAUGCAAAAUGUCUAGGACUAGUUUGCAUUUGAAGGAUACCUGGAAAUUUGAAAAUGGCCAAAUUUACCCUGAAAUGGCCGCUAUUGUUGACUUUUUGUGGGUCUACCAAUGACAAACAUGCACACCAAGCUGCUGUGUCAAACUGGCUUUGGGGGCUGAAUUUUUAAAACAUUCUCAAAGGUGCAAUCAAGCAAACAUGGCCACUUUAAUCCAAAAUUCCACACACCACGUGUAUAUGUAGGCACGGGUUCCUGAGACUUUUUUGUGGGUCAAAUAGACAUGCGUACCAUCGAUAUGAAGUUGCUGCAUUAAAUUAGGUUCUGGCUGAAUAUUUGAAAACAUUCUCAAGGGUGCAAUCAAGCAACUAUAGCCAAUUAAAACCAAAAUGGCAGGCGGCGUACGUUUAUUUGGACAUGCGUUAAGAAUUUUGGGGCCCUCCCAGUGACAGACAUGGAUACUAAAUGUCAUGCUGCUAAGUGGAAGUGGUUUUGAGAUCUGAAUCUGUUUUGUGGGACACUUUGAAAUGACUGAAAUUCCCCUAAAUGUCCAAUUCUAACUAAUCUUGACGGAUUUGUAUUAUCUUGUGAGGCAUGACUCAUUUCUGGGUCUACAUGUGAUUCAUAUGCAUACCAAUUGUGUCAGUAGGUAAAACUUGUUUUAGGGGCUGAAAUUGUUUAGUAGAAGAACCUGGAAGAAUGGCAAAAAUGUGCCUAAAAUGUGGCUGCUUUUAACCAAAAUGGCUGACUUUCUGUGCUUGUUGGGGUAUGGCUAUUUGAGACUUUUUUUUGUACGUCCAGUAGUGACAAACAUCUAUAGCAAAUUUAAUAUAAAAAAAAAAAAAAAAACAGCUUUGGGGGUUGAAUGAAUUUUGAAGGAAUUCUAAAAAUUGCAUAAAUUAGCUUAAUAUUGCCAGUUUAACGUAAACUAGUCUACUUUCUGUGCCUUUUUUUGGCAUGGCUUCAUGAGACUUGUGUUGUACUACUCGUGAUAGAUAUGCCUUCUAAAUUUCAUGAAGGCCAAAACAGGCCCUGGGGGGCUGAUUUCUGAUCAAAUCAUUUGGGUUCUAAAAGCAAGGUUUUAUAUACUGUACCCACUUUUGUAACUUUAUAGCUGAACACGUCAUUCUGCUGAAAUGGAGUUUGCUGGCUGUAUGGGAAUGAAAUUAGUGCGACGAGCCAGUCAGGACAAUCUUUUCCCAUGUAAUUCCAUAUUUUGCUCUGCAGGUGGAGCUCUUUUCCUACAAGUAUAGGUUGUGCACUUUUUUUUUUUUUUUUUUUUUUUUUUUUUAAUAAAGUACUUUAACAUUUCUUAUCUCGCCAAGAAAAUGCUCCAUUUUAAUUGCACCAUUUUAUUGUUUUUAAUUUGCUUAUUCAUUCAUUGGCUGCCAUCGACGGUGAUGGACGUCCAAUCCAGUUUGGACGUCCAUCGGCGUCAAUAGCUGCUAAUGGAUUAUUGCUGCGGAAGGUCAUUUUGUAUUGAAAACGUAACAUUUAGCACCUGACUGAUUGCCCUCUCCCCUUUCAAUGUGAAUGCUAAGAACCACUUUUAAACCACAGUUUUAAUGUAUAACUAUAUACUGUAUGUGUGAAACAACAGCGACUGCUUUGAAGAUGCUGGAAAGAAUAGUGGAUUAUUCCUACGAGUAAUGAUCAUUUACACUAGUCAUUUCUUGAUUGGGACCAUGGACUUUGUUUUUCAGUUUUUCCGUUACACUAAACUUUAUUUACAUAUUAUAAUCUUUACUUAUGGUCAGUUUGAAAGAUGCAAAAACUACAAGCGUGUCUAAUUUCAGUUUAUCUGUCAUGGUUUUGUACAGGACAGUCUUAUUUCUUCAAUUCACUCGCUGUACUUGACUGUAUUGGAUAACUAAUAAAAACUCACUUCUUCACACCACAGAUGCUUUAGCGCUUGUCCA